CAUUUAUUUUUAGAACAUGAUUAACAAAACCUGUUUGAGUGAUAAAAAGAGAACAUGACAAGUAUAGCUAUAUUUUGCCCAGUGAUUUGUUGAUUUGUCAGGUUUAUUAUUUUUCCUAAAAAGUGUUUUGUGGUGCUCAAGUUGUUAUUGAAUGCAGAAAUGGUAUACAAGUAUAAGGAGACGGUUUAAAUAAACCAGCGAUACGGACGCCUGGAGAGCUAGAAACUGUGCUAAGUCAUGGGGUGUCCACAAUCAAAAUCAAAGAGCAAGGACGUGUCGUCUGCUACAGAAAAUGGUGCCAACAGUCACGUGGCGAAGACACGGAAUGAUACUGUGCAACCGGCAACAGAAUCUCCAAAGAGAAUGCCGACGAAGACACCUCACGAAUAUAACGACGAUCCGCUUGUUAGAGGACGUACCGACGAUUCCUUUCCAGCACACAUACCGCCAGAUGUUCACAAAUUUGAAAGGGAUACAAUUAAUAAUAAACAAGGUGCUGUAAAAGAAAUCGGUUCUGAACACAACUCUGGCAAUCAUAAAACAAAUGAAACGAAAGAAUCAGCUGAUAAUGCUCAAAAUGAAGUUUUAGCUUCAGAAACAAAAACCAGUGAUAACAUCAAAACUAAGAAUACAGACAACAUAUCUGCCAAGGACGAAACGGAACACGGUUUCAAAGGUGUAUUUAUCCCGGAUGAAAUUCCUGAUGCACAGUCUAAAGAAGUGAAACCUUUAGAGAAUGGUUAUAAAGAAGAUAUUGUGGAUGUUAGUGAUGUGGAUAUAGGUCAGACUGUUUCUGAAAUAACACUAGAGAACCAGACUGUCGAAGAAGCAAAUAAAUAUGACAGUCUCGGGACUACUUCCGAGACAAAAAUAGAAGGGCAAAGUGGCGGGAGUGUAAAAGUUGAACUUGACACUGAGGAUGGCUACACAUUUACAGAAAUGCCUCAUAAAUGGGAAGGUUCGUCCGCUGUUAGGUAUGUUUCAAAGGAAAAGAUCGAGUACGGACUUCCAGAAGGCGUACCGAAACCAGCACCACCAAAAACCAGGAAAAGUGAUAUCGUCAAACCUACAACAUUCACCAUGGUCGAUAAAAUCGUUGAUAAUGCACCCGACAAUGCUUUUAACUCUGUUACAAAAUUAGCCAGUUAUUUGUCGGGCACAGCGAAGAAGAGCGAAUUGGCGGCUGCCGGUGAUGACAAAGAUGACACUGAAAGUGAAAAUUUACCGCCCCCACUUCCGGUAAAGACAAAGAAAUCAGAUAUCGUUUCCGACCCGACAAUGUUCAAACACGUGGAUGAGAAUGCACGAAAUGUUCCAGAGUCUGUCCGUCUGUCUGUCGAUAAGCUUGCUGCCCAUCUAUGCAGUGUUGCCAAGUCUGAUCUAGAAAAAGUUCGAGCAUAUUAUUACUGGGUCUGUAACAACAUAAGUUACGUCUACGAUAAAGACAAAACUCUGUCGGAUAGAUUAAGGUUUGAUGCUGUAUCAACUUUGAGGCAAGGUCAAGGAAGCUUUGUUAAUCUGAUGGUUGCUUUAUGCAAGGAGGCGUCUAUACCAGUUGUAACAGUAUCCGGAUGUUCGAAGGGCCUUCGUCAUCAACCAGACAAAGAGUUCACGGUUGCAGAGACAAACCAUAGCUGGAAUGCUGUACAUAUUAAUGGCGAAUGGCGGUUUCUUGACUGUACUUGGGGUUCUGGUUAUCUCGACCAUACCGGAAAAUUUCGCCGACAAUUUGACGAAUUCUGGUUUUUGACAGAUCCGGAAGUGUUUGCAUACGACCAUUUUCCCAUGCAUCAAAAAUGGCAGCUUCUAGACGAUCCAAUAAGUAUUGAUGAAUUUAACAAGAAGCCGAGUUUAACAGAGAAAUCUAAAGAACUUGGUUUUCAGCUCAAAUCUCAUCGGGAACCCAUUGUCUAUUUUGAAAAUGAAGUGUCAAUUUCCUUUGCAACCGAAACAUUUCCUUUGUCGAAUAUUACAGCAGAUUUGAAGAACGAAGACAGCGAGGAAAUCAAUCAAUACAGAUGCAUGAAAAGACUAGAUGAUAAAUUGUUUGAAAUAAGAGUUGUACCUCCAAAUAUUGGUGAGUAUAGUCUAGCUUUAUAUGGAAAGGCCAAAGAUUAUCGCCAUGCUAAGUUCAGAAAGUUAAUGGAAUACACAUUGAGAUGUGAAAAAGCUUAUGACAACGAAGUUGUUUUUCCUGAUCACCGUAAAGCUUGGGGACCGGAACCAAACUACAAUGAGCUUGGUUUUGCAGACUCCAUUCAGAAUAUGUCAGUUUUCAAAUCUGAUGAAAAAGAGAUGACAAUUCAACUAGAUCAAAAGAAAAAAGUGCCAAUAAUUGCGGAGCUGAAAGCAUCAAGUGAUAUCAAAACCGAGUUGAAGGGGUACACAAUGAUAACUGCCCGAGACGAUGCGAAAAUUGUUCACAUUCGGUUUCCUUCGGCUGGAUAUUAUAGGCUUGAUGUUUAUGCAGAAGGCAAAUUGGAAAAAUACGAAUACGCAGCUUUGUUUCUCCUAGAAUGUACUGAAAGCAACUCGCCGAAGAAAUUUCCGAAAUGCAAUGAAGAUUCUAUUUCUAAAAAUGUGUGCGAAAUUCUCGAACCGACAAAUUUUGAAGUUCCUUCAAACUCGAAUAUCACGUUCAGAAUUAGAAGUCACUGUUUGAAAAAUGUUAUGGUGGGAAUUCCCACAGAAGACCAAAGGAUGCAGCGCCUUGGAGAACUGAAGAAGAGUGGGGAUAUAUUUUCCGGUGACAUCAAGACACCAAAAGCAGGAGAAGUUCUGUACCUGUCCGGAUCUGCAGCUCCACCAAACGUCUUCUGGAGCAGAAUUUAUGAAUUUAUAACCGUAUAACAAAACGUCAUUUCUGGUUGUUGAAAAAAAUACGUUUGUUAAACGGAAUGAUUCAGAGUACAGAAUAUUUUUAACUCGUUUCAGAUUGUCCUAUUUUUGCAUGGUAAAUGUGUGAAUAGUCAAUAAAGUAUGUAUGUUGUGUACACACAGGACUUUCUUAGCGACACCCUUAUACCAAAGCCAACAAGCGGAAUGAUAUAUAAAGCAUAUUUAUUGUUAUAAGCAAUUAUUAUUAACUAUGCUUUAUUGAAUACAACAGUAGAUGAGUUGUUCAUAACUAAUAAGAUUUAGCCAAUACCAAACCAAACAAUUGAGUCAAUAUGAGGAAAAAUUAAGGACUCAUGCGAAAAACUCGAGGCCAGUGCGACAAAACAGGACCACUACAGGAUUAAAGUAUUCAGUUUGAAUGGUUAACUCAAGGGGGUCAGUACAGGGUUUAUUAAUAAAAUUAUUUAUCAAGUGAUUUACGUGCGCCUUAUUGUCAUAUUGGCCUUCGGCCUUAGCCCAAUACGACCAUAUAGAUUUGUCAAACAAAUACAUAGGUCAGUAUAAAAUCUAGCUGGGAAGCCGUUGAUAAUAUUUGUGCUUGGUCAGAAAAAAUCACACAUAAUAUCUAUGCAUUAAAGAGUCCACUUGAUUUGCGCUAAUUAGUGUUAAUUGGCAUUCAUCAAAUUUCUGAUACUAGUAUUUGCAGCUAGAAAAAAGAAGUUAGAAAUCGUCAGACUGGAUUCCCAGGGCGGUUAUAUAAAAUCAUAUAAUAAAUAACAUUACAUUACUGAAUUUUUUAUAUGUUUAUAUUAUUUGUACUGUUUAUAACAUAAUGUUAUCGUGAUAACAGUAAUUAAAGAUAAAAUAAUUUC